AAUGAUCCAGGCAUACAGCGUUGUUACGAAUGUAAACCAGGAUCAACAGGACGCCAUUGCAAUGCCUCAUGUCCGGCUCAUUGCGCGGGCAACAAGUGUGAUCAAAUCACUGGCGCCUGCACAUGCGCGGAUGGAUGGUAUGGAGACGAUUGCUCAAUGCAAUGUUUUGGCAACUGCUCCCUUUGUGUUGAUAACAGCACUUGCAUCCGAUGUGUAGAUGGUUACUAUGGGGACAGAUGCCAGGAGCAGUGUCCAAAUGAAUGUAAAAUGUGUUCGCGUAAUGGAAAAACUUGUCUCGGAAUGUGUGACGGCUGGAAUGAAAAUUACGGACCUCUAUGUGGAUGUCGCCGAUCCGAAUGCGCAGAAAGAGAGCAUGGCACAUAUAACUGUCUGAAAUGUAAAAACGAAUCCUGGUUUACGCAAGAUGAAGGAUGCUGCCCCUGUAGUGACCACUGUAACGGAAGUUGUGAUGGCAAUAAUGGCACAUGUACAGACGGUUGUCUUGAUGACUACCAUGGGCCAACAUGUGAUACAAAAUGUAGUCACCACUGCAAUGGUUCGUGUGAUCCCCUGACUGGAAAAUGUGAACACGGUUGCCAAGACGACUGGGUUACUCCAUUCUGUGACUUACAAUGCAGUGUAAACUUUCCUCACUGCACACAAUGUGUGGCGUUUUCAUUACCACCGCAGUACGAUGCAUACUGUAACGUAUGUGCGGAGGGAUACUUUGCAAGCCAAGGCAACUGUGUGCCAUGUGAUCAUUGCUUAGACCGGAACUGCAGCUCUUCAACCGGUGAGUGUCGCGGCCCGUGUGUUGACGGCUAUCAUAACUCUAUCUCUCAUUAUUGUAAAGAGAAAUGUGAUGAAAACUGUAUCGACGGGAAGUGUGACAAUACCGACGGAAACUGUACGUUAGGAUGCGUGCCGGGAUAUUAUACAGAGCGAUGUGGACUUUUUUGCCCGUCGUUCUGUAGUGCAGAAGGAUGUAAUCAGACUGACGGCAUGUGUCAUAAGUGUGAGGACGGAAUGUAUGGUCGAUACUGUUUCUUCACCUGCUCUACAAACUGUUUAACCAAUACCUGUGACAGGGAUACAGGGGCGUGCUCAGGGUGUCUACCGGGUCAUUAUGGACAGAACUGUGUCUCUCAAUGUGAUGGUUGUUUGGAUGUUACGUGUUCCCAGACGUCACAUUGUGAAACAGGCUGCAUGCCGGGACAGCAUGGAAGGUACUGCGAGAAAAAGUGCCCGGAAAAUUGUUAUGUGUGUGACCAAACUUCCGGAGAGUGUCUGAUGUGUGACACCGGUUUCCGUGGUGUCGGAUAUAGAGACGCUAAUUGUAGUAUUCCGUGUCCAGGUUGUAUCAAUAAAUACGAAAACAGCACUUCUCCAUUUCACGGAUCGUGUUACCAUGGAAGUUAUGGAAUACUUUGUACAGAAAUUUGCGGUAAUUGUUUCACUUCGAACGGUGUAAAUGAAUGUGAAAAAUUUACUGGAUAUUGUUCGAACGGAUGCACUUCCGGUUAUUAUGGAAUGACAUGUAAAGAUGAAUGUCAAAAUUGCCAUCUGGAUAUCAAUAAUAAGACAGUUUGUGAUGUCACUUCCGGUGAAUGUCAAGAUGGCUGCCUUGCCGGUUACUAUGGUAUAAUGUGUAAUGUUACUUGUGGGAAUAACUGUCUCAAUCAUUUCUGUGAGCGGCUCGAUGGCACGUGCAGUAAUGGAUGCUCUCCUGGUUGGCAAGGUGACCAAUGCAAUAUUGCAAAGCGAACACAGACCAAAGACCCUUCGCUAAGCGGAGGAGCGAUAGCCGGGAUCAUCAUCGGUGCUGUCUUUGGAGUUGCCCUCAUAGCUGGUAUCUCGUACUUCGUCAUCCGAAGCCGCAGUAUAAACAACAUCACAAGAACUAGACUUCCUAGCCGUGAAUUUUCCUUAGAUGAUAGAUAAUCCAAGGGAGAGUUCCGGACUAAUUUUUAGAGAAAAAGGGACAGCAUAUUGAGUCAGGAAACGGAAGUGGAUUUUAAAACGUAGGCGAUGACAGAAAACGCCGUAACCGACGACUGGGUUUAAUAUUGUGUAUCUGGACGGAAUGCACAGGAUUUCGGACCAGGAUGGGCACAUUAAGAGUAGCCGACAAUGCUUAUUUAUAGUCAACUUUAAUGGUUCAGAGUUAUUUAAAGUUUUAAGAAAAUGAUAUUUGUACAUGUCAAAUUUCGCAUGUUAUAUAAAGACGAAAAAAAACCCAUUUCAACGGCAAUGCAAUUUUUUUCGGUGAUAGUAGAUAGGUUAUAAAUCUGAAUUUGUUAAAGAAUUUCAAAUUACUCGUCAUACAUUGUAUGUACGUAUACCUUUCUUUACGGAAUUAUUGUUUCUUGGUUAUGGUAGUAUAAAGUUUAGUAUAGUUUUCAUUACAUGGAAGGUUAUGAAGAUACAGAGUCGUGGAGGUAAAAAACAUGGCGAAUUCGUCGCGGUUUCAUGAACCAUUUACCUGAAAUAGAAAUGACAAACGCCAGUGAAAAGUCAUUGUACUGGGCUGAUUUGAAACCACAGGGACUUGGUUCGAAUUUCCAGCCCAACGGUCCAUAUUAAAUUAUGUGAAUACCUGGGGUUGGGAUUCGUGGUAUGUCCCUGUGUUUAAAAUCUAAAUUAACGAUAAUUUAAUUCAUGUUUGUUUUCAUUUCUGACUUGAAAUACUUCAUAUAAGAUGCCAUGAAGAUACAUGCAUGACGUCACAUUUACAUCUUGUGUGUAUUACACGUGUGUGCGUAUUUUGAAAUAAACCAUUCAUGUCAUAACACCGAUAACUGAUCAAGCCUCCUCACAAUCAUUGAUGUUUAAAGUUAAUCCAUUUAACUGUAAAAAUGAACAAUGCUUUUACUUGUUAAAAUCAUAUUUAUUUUUAUUAUUGAUUUUGUACUGUUGUUAAACGUAUUUCUGUAUGUAUCCAGGGACGUCCCGGAUUUAUUAUUCAAGGACUGUGUAUUAUCUUAAUUUAGAACUUGUGUUUUAAGUGUUCUUUUAAAAAGAAUGGCAGGUGAUAUGAGUAAUAAAACUUUCAAUCCUUUC